AUGCCGCCGCAAUCCGUCGUGAUCGUAGCUCACAAAUUUCAUCAAACCAAGGUCGGAGGCUCCGUUGCAGGGCUGCUACAGGGACUACAGCUCAAGCGCAGUGGCAGCAAUGUCAUCGUGCUCGAGCAAGAUCCUUCCAAAGACCGACACAGCCAUGAAUCUGGAGUGUCAAUCGGUCGGACCGUGGUACACCUGCUGGACAAAUAUGACGCUACUGGAAGACCAGCAGCAAUCCCGGCCAAAUUCCUGAGUGCUGCAUGGCAUAAGAGGCUCAGGGUUGUUAACACCCACUGGGCACACAGCAUGAGCAACUGGGGGUGUUUAUAUUUGAUAUUACGCGCAAAUUUCGACGGAUUGAAAUCCGAGACGGUCCCCAACCCACCAGAACCACGCAAAGGAGACGGCAAGGUCGAGUAUUGGCCUGGGAAGAGGGCAGUUGGGCUGAAAUAUGACCGGGAUGCGGGUAAGGUACACCUACAGUACGUAGACGUGACCACAGGCGAGGAGGCCACUGUCAGUGCAGACACCAUCAUUGCAGCGGAUGGGGUACAUUCGACCAUUAGGAAGAUACUCCAGGUACCGACACGCAAAGAAUAUGCUGGAUAUAUUGGCUGGCGAGGACAUGUUGAGCCAGGCAAACGGCUGAUCAACUGGGUAUGGUAUUACGUGGUACCAGACGGCUCUCCCGAGAUGGAUACCAUCUUCACCGAUAUACACGGCAAGGUACACCCAAACACAGUCCCCCAGGGCCUCGUCAAUCCAGGUGUCUGGGCCUCUCAAGUCGCACGGUAUCUCCCACAGAUGACUGCUCCGCUCGCCGAGGUGAUCAGCAAGACCCCCAACCCGUUCGUGACGAAGGUGGGCGAAGCGCAGUGUUUCUCCCCUAGUUUCUACGACGGCCGCGUCGUACUGGUGGGUGAUGCGUUCACAGGUUUCAGAUCACAUUUGGGAAUGGCAUCAGAACAGGCUGCUCGCCAUGCUGUGCAGAUGGACAAGGUGUGGAGGGGGGAGAUGACGAUGGAACAGCGUGAUCGUGAGGCGAUUCUCUAUGCAAAACGGUUCAUCCUGUUGAACAGGAUGGUCGGAUGGACCGGCCUGGGAUGGGUGUUUGCCCUUCUCACAGCAGUGGCGAGCUAUGUCUGGUUGGCCGUUGAGCAGAGCCUGGGUAUCGUCUAG